UAGCCAACCAGCUACAGUUUAGCCCGCGCUACAUGUACACCACACCGGGGCUUAUCCAGCUGUGAUGUUUGUUUAGGUCCAGACCUGCGUAUAAAAACAAACCUGGUUCCCACAUUCUCACAAGUUUAGUCGUCGGGCCCCGUGGCUUCAACUUGUCGGGUGAACUUGUACUUGUUGAAACAGUGUGAGGUCCUGUACUACAAGACAUUGUGAUCAUUCGCCGCUAACACUACAUACGUGCAGUCUAGCACUAGUUCUCCACACAUGCACUCCGUAUUACUACAGGUACAACUGCACGUUCACGCCAACUUGCCAAAAUUCGACGGAAUUCCGAGGCGUCGGUUGUGCAUGCCUCUACUGACUCUCAAGAACAACUUCCUCUCAAGGUGAACUUGAAUACUUCGCCAUGUUGACGGUCUGUUACGUCAUCGUGACGCUCGUGUGUCUUGGACAGACACUGCCGACAAAAGAUUCAAUAGAGUUCAAUCAUCCAGAACAAGCUGAUUUCAUCAAGUCCUUGACCGAUUUCGAAAUCGUCAUCCCGUCCCUAGUGGACGGCAAUGGGGUUUUCAUCUCGCACGAUCUGAGCGGGGUCCGAGUUGACCGCCACAACUCGGCACCUGGCCAGGACUCGAAACUUCCCGUUCAAGGCGGCGAAGAAAAGUCCCCAUCUUCAGUCCACUACAAACUGAGUUUGUCCGGAGAAGAUCUCCAUCUCCAACUGCAGCGGAGUGAUCGUCUGAUCGCACCGGGUUUUGUGGCGGAGAGACGUGGGAGGAACGUGUCGGAGGCACGGUUGGGACGCAUCGACCACGUCCGCCACUGUCAUUUCAACGGACAUGUACGCGGACGGCGCGAUUCACGGGUGGCCGUUAGUACAUGCGACGGCGUUAUUGGAAUGAUCAGACUUGAAGAAAGCGAGUUUUUCAUUGAGCCCGUCAAGAACUACACCAGAAGCCAAGGUACCAGACACCACCCGCACGUGGUGUACAAGCGGUCAGCGGUACCAGACCAAGCGAGGCAAGCUCGUGACGUAGACAAGAGCGAGAAUGGAGAUUUCUGUGGCGUACAGAACAAAGUAUCAGUUGAGAAACUUGACAAGGUGCGGCAGAAACGCGCCACUGGGGAACGCGAAACGACCUCAGGACAUCGGAGGCGAAGACGAUCGAUAAGUAUGGAGCGAAACGUCGAGUUAUUGGUCGUCAUAGACAAACACAUGGUGCAGUAUUACCGGGAUCAGGACAUCGAGACCUACGUCCUGACCAUCAUGAACAUUGUUGCUACUCUGUACCACGACGCCACCAUCGGUAACUAUAUCAACAUCGUCAUGGUGCGCAUGCUCUUCCUUGAAGAGGACGAGGAGGAAUUAUCGAUCGAGCACGAUGCCGACAAGACGCUGAGCAGCUUCUGCCGAUGGCAACGGAUGAUUAACCCUGGGGACGAGAACCACCCGAAUCACCACGAUGCUGCCGUUCUGUUAACAAGGAAGGAUUUGUGCAAGGGUUUUGAUGCUCCGUGUGGCACGUUAGGACUAGCCCAGGUUUCUGGUAUGUGUCAGGCUGAGUGGAGCUGUAACAUCAACGAAGACACGGGGCUUGCCUUGGCCUACACCGUGGCUCACGAACUCGGCCACAGUUUUGGCAUGCAGCAUGAUGGUCUGGACAACGGCUGUGGUCAAGGCAACGACUCCCAGGUCCACGUGAUGUCCUCGCAACUGACCGGUGUCUACGGGGCGCUGACCUGGUCGGCUUGCAGCAGGAACUACAUUACGAGAUUCCUGGACCAGGGUUUCGGUGACUGCCUGAAUGACGAGCCGAGCCCUCAUAACUUCGACUACCCGUACGUCCCCGCGGGGGUCAUGUACACGGCGCAGCAUCAGUGCCGAUUGCAGUAUGGUGUCAACGCUUCGGUUUGCUCGCAUCUUGAGCCAGAUCAGUGCUCUACACUAUGGUGCAGAUCUGGUAACCGAUGUCAUUCUAAGCUGUCUGCGGCUGCGCCGGGUACCAGUUGUGGAAGGGACAGGUGGUGUAGCGGUGGAGAGUGCGUAGAUAUCAAGGAAUCGGCGGCAGCGAUUCACGGCGACUGGGGGCCAUGGAGCGAAUGGACACCCUGCUCCAUGACGUGUGGGUCAGGGGUGGCCAUCAAAGAGAGACACUGUAAUAACCCAAGACCGGCCAAUGGAGGCAGAUACUGCGUCGGUGAACGUAAGAAGUACGCCAUAUGCAAUCGUCAGGAAUGUCCCAAAGGCAGUGUGCAUCCACGGGACGAUCAGUGCAGCAGCUACAACGGCUUAACCCACCAGGGAAGCUACUUCCAAUGGGUGCCGUACUACAAAGAAAACGCUUUGUGUGAGUUGCACUGUCGACCACUGGAAAAGCGGUUCAUGCUGCCGAUUAAAUUCGCCACGGAGGUCAGGGAUGGGACACCGUGCACUGAGGAUUCCAGAGACAUGUGCAUCGGCGGAAUCUGCUACACGGUAGGCUGUGACUACCAGAUCAACUCAGAAGCUGUGGAGGAUCGGUGUGGGGUUUGCCAUGGCGACGGGUCGUCGUGUGAAACAAUCAGAGAUCAGCUCAUCAAACAGUCUGGCUUCGGGUAUGUGGAAGCUAUGGUCAUCCCAGCUGGCGCGCGCAACAUCCGUGUCGAAGAGGUCGCGGAGGCCAAUAACUUCUUAGCCCUCAUGGACUCAUCGGGCCACUACUACCUCAAUGGUGGAUGGGACAUCAAAUGGAGUGGGCGGUAUGAGGCGGCUGGGACUAUGGUGCGAUAUGAGAGAGACGAUCAGAACAAGGAGACGUUUGAUGCUAAGGGACCGCUCAAGAAACCGCUACACGUCAUGUUACUAUUUCAGUCCAAGACGGCAGGUGUAGCUUACGAGUACACGGUCCCCAAGCCCGGGAAUAUGACUGUACCUGUGCCUAAACACUUCGGAUGGAGGAUAGCUGGAUGGACGCCAUGCACGGUAACAUGUGGCGCAGGUCUUCAGCGAGAGAUCAUCCAGUGUGUGGAGCGGAUAGCUGGUGUGGUGGAGGAUAAAUACUGUAACGAUACCAAACCGGCUAAUCGGCAACGGCAGUGCAAUGUACAUCAAUGUCCUGCCAAUUGGUGGAUCGGUCCUUGGCAACACUGCUCAGUGACCUGUGGGUCAGGAGGCAUGCGCAGUCGGUCAGUGUUCUGCAUACGCAGCAUCGGGCAAGACGAGCAAGUCGCCCUGGUGGACGAGGAUUGUCUUCGGCUGGGGCUGAUGAAGCCGGAGACAACAGGGGGUUGUGGUGUGGCCAUCGCGUGCCCGAUGAAAGCUCACUGGGUCACCGGGGAAUGGUCAGAGUGUUUGUACAGGAAUGGACGGGCGGAGCAGACGCGCACAGUGCAUUGCAGCAGGAUCGAUGCUUUCUGUGACUACAGCAAUCGUCCAUCUACCAGACAACCGUGUGAAGAUUACUAUGAAUAUUCAUAUGAAUACUACGGUGACUACAGCGUAAAACGCGAUGAAACACCAAUCAGCUUCGGCGAGUGGGAACGCCUGAAAGAACAAGGUCUGCUGGAUGCCAAGAGUCCUACAACAGGAGUGGCUCCCACGCAGAUGGUGUCGAACUUCUUAGCCAAUCAGGUGCCCGAUACUGGACGUCAUGGAUACCCACUGCCGCCCGAUGGCACGGACAGGACUCUGAUUGGCGGAGCUGAUGAUGACGUCAUCUUGGGGAUUGAGAUACCACGUGCUGUGGAUCCGGACGGUGAUUGGGUGGAGCCGUCUAAACGGGGCAAUGUGAUCGGUAGUACCAGAGAGGCUGAAACCAUGGCCACACCGAGAGAAGAGGAACAAACAACGGAAGAAAAUGGACUUGUUCAGCAGGGGAAAACGCUAUGGUGGUUCUCAAGACCUUGGUCAGAGUGUUCUGUAAGCUGUGGCGAUGGGAUCCGGUAUCGGAUAGUGGACUGCCUUGAAGUCAGCACGGGAUUUGCACACAGAGGCUGCGAUCAGACCAUUAAACCCAGCACAAGCGAAACGUGCCGUCUGGCAGACUGCAACGGUAACAGUGCAUCAUUCUCUUACAGUUGCGAUGGCAACAAGCAGAGUGACACAUGGUGUCGUCUGGUGCGUGUGAUGGGCAACUGCCACAAGGACAUAUACAGGGACAUGUGUUGUGCCACGUGUAACGCGGAACUAGAGGAUAUAGCCCGCCAAAACUCUAACACAUAGGAUAAAAGGAGCAAUUGACGCCAAUUGGUGCCCCGCAAGUGCCUCAUGCUGCUUUCGUGUUAUGGGAGGCACUUUAGGCUACCAAUGAUGUUGACUAAAUCCGUUCCAUCAAUGCAUGGCGUCAUUAUAGCGAUAAUGAAAUAAAAUGCUUAACAAAAUUAGUUUCUGAAGUUAUUUAUUUUAUUUUAUAUUUUGUUUUUGCAAACUUCAGACAAUCACUUAUAGCAAUGAUUUUCUACCCAUUCGUUUAGUACUCCUAAUUACCAUUCAAGCAUUAAACGUUAUCUCAGCGUGUACAUUUGUAUUCUUAAUGUAUCAUUCAUGUUGACAGUGUGCUAUUGGUGGAUUUUGUAUGCGAAUGUACGAGGAGGCUGCUUCACAGAUUUGUAAAGUUUUAUUUGAUACGUGAUGAACUUUACUGUGAAUGAAGUUAAUAUUUUGGAAGAUGUCUGGACUGACUUUCAUUUCAUUUUAUUUCAAAUUGGUUUAUUACUACAUCAUGAAUCGCAGCCAAGGCUGAAUUGCACAUGAUUUUUUUAAAUACAAUAAUACUAUAACAUUACAACAAAUACGAUAUACAUGUUAAAAUGUUCCUUUGGAAAGGUUCCAAAGGGAAGCGUUCCUCCUUUAGGGCGUCACAUUUUCUUUGGAAGUUUUUGAAACCUCUUUUUGGGGAGAGAACUUUCAUGAGGGCUUCAUUGUAGCCUUUGUAAUGUUAACGCUGGGGGAGAUGUUUCUCGACGCUGGGGGGGGGGGGUUUAAGUAUCUGCAAAUCGAUCUUAGAGGAUUGAAACUGGUCUUGAAUCUUAAAGUGUUAUUAAAGUGGCUUUGGUCGUGCUGAAAUGCUGAAAUGCUUUUAUUUAUAAACUGAAUGAAUGAACAUUUCGUUUGUAAAUUUUAAACUGUAAAAAUGCUGUAAGUUGUUUGUAAAGUGUAAAAAAGUAUGUACACAAUUUUUAUUUAUCUGCUUGGAGUAAUUUGAAAUGAUUAAUUUCUGCAUGCCAAUGUUAAAAUUUAAAUGAAAAACAUGCAAGUAAAUUUUUUAAUAAUAUUCACCUGUAUUUCAACAUAAGUGCCCAUGAAGUUUUGUUGUGGAUUUUUUUUAAUACAAGUUGUGCUCGACUUUAAACAUUGA